UAUCACUUGCGUUUCCGGGUGAAUGGCAAAAAAGAAGACACAAUAACAACGCAAAAACUCCGUCGGGUAGAAAAAUUGAGCUAAAAAGUUCCUUAUUCCUAUUAAAAAUGGAAUCUAAGCGUGAGAGAAAGUCCUCCUUGCCACCACUUUCGCCCUGUCCCAUUUCCGACAUCACGGAUGACGAGCUGGUGACCAUUUCUGUGAGGGACCUGAAUCGGACCCUGAAAAUGCGUGGGCUCAACCGAGAGGAAAUCGUGAGGAUGAAGCAGCGAAGACGCACGCUGAAGAACCGCGGCUAUGCUGCCAGUUGCCGCAUCAAGAGAAUCGAGCAAAAGGACGAGCUGGAGACUAAGAAAUCGUGUGAAUGGACCGAACUAGAGCAAAGGCACGAAGACAACGAGCUCAUUCGCAUCGAGGUCGGAAACUGGAAGAACAAAUAUAAGGCUCUCCUUCAUUUUGCUAAACAAAAUGAUAUUCCCAUUCCGAGAGAGCUCGAGGGCUGCUGAGACCAGACAUUCCCAUUACAGUUCCAAUACAAAUUUGAAUAAAACUUAGCCACAUCACCUGUAACAAUGUA